AUGAAGGUUGUUCUCGUAUACCAUUUCAUUUACUGCGCUAUACUGGCACAGGGCAGUGCAAGAUCUAUCGAGACUCAUGCGCCAUCUGACACAGAUCGUGCGACGGCUGGUGAUGUGGCAGCUCAAACAAUUACCACCUUGAAUCCUGUGAUUCUGGACACAACGCCAGACUGUCGAAAGUUGAAACACAGGGUCGAUGAGGAUCCAAGAGACCGCUUCGGCAGCCAGUUGCUUUACGAUGCGGUCACUCGGUGGAAGUCCGUCAAAUCCAGGUUCCAUUGCGACCUGGGAGAUGACAAUACCGCGUACUUGACUUGGGUUAAUGGGCUUGCCACAAACAUCGAGACGAUCAAAGAAGGGUUCGACAGAGGUACAUGUGGAUAUUUCAAAGACGUCCCAUGCAUUCACGAGUAA